AUGGCGUGGAUGACUUGUAUUUCAUAUUGGUUUGACGAAGAAGAUUGGUAUGAAGGACAACGAAGAGCAAAAAUGGCACAGGUUAAGCAAGUGGGUCUAUUAGGUGCUGGGUGUCAGCCAUGGAAUAAAGAUGUAUGUGCUGCUAGUGGGGAUAGAUUUGCCUAUUGUGCAACCCUUGCUAUUUAUAUAUAUCAGUUGGAUCAUCGGUACAAUGAAUUCAAGUUAUGGGCAAUUAUGUCUGAGCACAAGAAGACAAUCACAGCCAUUUCUUGGUGUCCUCAUAACCAUGACCUGUUUGCAAGUGCAAGUGCGGAUCACUUAGUAAUAAUUUGGAAUGUGGCUGAACAAAAGGUUUCUGCAAAACUUGACAAUACAAAAGGUAUUCCUGCAUCUCUUAGUUGGUGCUGGAAUGCAGGUGAUGCGGUUGCAUUUGUUUCCCACAGAGGUCCACUGUAUAUUUGGACAAUUUCAGGACUGGACAGUGGAGUAACUGUCCAUAAGGAAGCUUAUAAUUUUUUGUCAGACAUUUGUCUCUUUCGAUGGCAUCCCAAGAAGAAGGGAAAAGUAGUGUUUGGACACAUAGAUGGAAGUCUUUCUAUUUUUCAGCCAGGUUCAAAAAGUCAGAAACAUGUUCUAAGACCAGAAUCACUUGAAGGGACAGAUGAGGAAGAUCCUGUCACUGCUCUGGAAUGGGACCCUCUGUCAACAGAUUAUCUUCUGGUUGCAAAUUUGCACAAUGGAAUCCGUCUUGUUGAUUCAGAGUCUCUCUCUUGUAUCACAGUCUUUCAUUUUCCUAGUGCAGCAGCAUCUGUUCAGUGCUUAGCUUGGGUUCCUAGUGCUCCUGGAAUGUUUAUCACAGGAGAUUCUCAAGUUGGUGUGUUGCGUGUUUGGAAUGUAUCACGAACAACACCAAUAGAUAAUUUUAAACUGAAGAAAACAGGUUUUCAUGGUUUUCAUGUUCUUUGCUCUCCUCCUAAAAAAAAAACAUUUUGUUCACAGUCUCCUUCUAAAAAUCAUCACUUGUCAUCUACAAGUGAGGCUGCUCCACCUCCAACUCUAACCCAAAACCAGGCAUUUUCUCUUCCUCCUGGGCAUGCUGUCUGCUGUUUUAUGGAUGGAGGAGUGGGACUUUAUGACAUGGGGGCCAAGAAGUGGGAUUUUCUUAGGGAUCUGGGUCAUGUUGAAACCAUUUUUGAUUGCAAAUUCAAACCUGAUAAUCCUGACCUUCUAGCUACAGCAUCAUUUGAUGGAACAAUAAAAGUGUGGGAUAUAAAUACUCUAACAGCUGUCUAUACUUCUCCUGGUAAUGAGGGAGUAAUAUAUUCCCUUUCAUGGGCUCCGGGAGACUUGAACUGCAUAGCUGGUGCAACUUCCAGAAAUGGUGCUUUCAUCUGGGAUGUCCCACGGGGCAAAAUGAUAACCCGUUUUAAUGAGCAUGGGAAGAAUGGAAUCUUCUGUAUUGCAUGGAGUCAUAAAGAUUCGAAGAGGAUAGCAACUUGCAGUGGUGAUGGAUUCUGUAUUAUUCGGACCAUUGAUGGCAAAGUUCUGCACAAGUACAGGCAUCCAGCUGCAGUUUUUGGCUGUGAUUGGAGUCAAAACAACAAAGAUAUGAUAGCCACUGGCUGUGAAGAUAAAAAUGUUCGUGUCUACUACCUAGCAACUAGCUCUGAUCAGCCACUGAAAGUAUUCAGUGGGCAUACUGCAAAAGUGUUUCAUGUAAGAUGGUCUCCUCUGAGAGAAGGAAUCUUAUGCAGUGGUUCUGAUGAUGGGACUGUUCGAAUUUGGGAUUAUACACAAGAUGCGUGUAUAAACGUUCUUAGUGGGCAUACAGCGCCAGUGCGAGGAUUGCUGUGGAAUACUGAAAUACCCUAUUUACUGAUAUCAGGUAGCUGGGAUUAUACAAUCAAAGUAUGGGACACAAGAGAUGGAAUCUGUCUGGACACAGUGUAUGAUCAUGGUGCAGAUGUCUAUGGAUUAACAUGUCAUCCUAGUCGUCCCUUCACUAUGGCCUCUUGUUCUCGAGAUUCCACUGUGAGACUUUGGUCUUUAACACCUCUAAUAAAUCCUCUUCAGAUAAAUAUCUUGGCAGACAGAUCAUGGGAUGAGAUUAUUGGAAACACUGAUCGUGUUAUCGAAGUAGGUGCUCCUCCUCUGCUAUGUGGCAAAGUAUCAAGAGAUAUAAAACAAGAAGUGGACAAAGUGACUGGAAAUUCUAGAGGGAGAAAACUGAGAUGGCUUUCAGAAUGUUUAUCACCCCCAGGAGGCAGUAAAAACUUAUGGGAUCUUGUAGCUGUAAUAAAAGGCCAAGAUGAUAGCUUGCUUCCACAGAAUUAUUGCAAAGGGAUUAUGCACAUGAAACAUCUGGUUAGAUUUAGAAUGUCUAAAGCCCAGGAACUCACAACUGUAAAGAUGUCUAAAUUUGGAGGUGGCAUUGGCACACCUAGCAAGGAAGAAAGGCUAAAGGAAGCAGCAGAGAUACAUCUAAGACUCGGGCAGAUUCAGAGAUACUGUGAACUUAUGGUGGAACUUGGAGAGUGGGACAAAGCACUUUCAGUUGCACCAGGGGUAUCUAUGAAAUACUGGAAGAAGUUAAUGCAAAGGAGAGCUGACCAGUUAAUUCAGGAAGAAAAUGAUGAUGUUAUUCCAUAUUGCAUAGCUACUGGUGAUGUGAAGAAGCUUGUCACAUUUUUUACUUCAAGAGGUCAGCUUAAAGAAGCUCUGCUAGUUGCUCAGGCAGCAUGUGAAGGAAAUAUACAAACAUUCCAGUGUCCAGCCUCUAAUGGUUCAGCUAAUGUUGAAGGAAAUAGCAUGGAAGAUUAUAAUGAACUUCUACAUAAAGUCACUGAAGAACUGGCUGAAUGGUAUUUCCAGGAUGGCUGCUCAGUAAUGGCUGCUUGUUGCCAUCUAGCUGUUGAAAAUAUUGAGCUUGCCAUGGCAAACCUGAUUCGUGGAAAUGAACUGGAGCUGGCAGUCAGCAUCGGUACUGUCUUAGGAGAAUGUGCAGCACAAGCAACACAUUAUGCGCUAGAGUUACUAGCAAGAAAAUGUAUGACUGUAACAGCAUGCUUUCCAUCCCUUGGAUACAGGGAUUUAGCAGCAGAUCUUCUCAUGAUGAUUCCCAAUAAUGAACUGCAGUUAGUAAAGCUUUGUGCUUUCUAUCCUGGAUGCACAGCAGAAAUAAAUGACCUACAUGAAAAGUGUGGCCUACCAGAUGUAGAAGAAUGCAUGAAGUUGGCAGAGGCAGCUCAGACUGAAGGAAAUAUAUUUGGGUCAAUAAAGUAUUUUCUGUUAACUACAGAACCAGAAAAUGCACUUCCUAUAGGCAUUCAGUAUGUCAAAGAACAAAUCAGUAGCUCAGAAUGGAGCCUGGAUUCAGUCUGUCCAUUUCUUGAUCUUCUAAGCUAUAUUCGUACAGAAAAGUUGCUGCUUCAUAAAUGUAGUGAAUUUAGAAAUGAGCUGUUAAUAUUGUGUGGCUACAUUGGUGCUUUACUGGCUAUUAGAAGACAAUACACUAGCAUAGUGCCAGCACUUUAUGAAUAUACAAGCCAGCUUUUAAAAAGACGGGAGGUGUGUGUACCCCUAAAAAUUGAACAACUUUCUGAGGAACUAGAUGCUUGGAGAGCUUGUACUCAGUCACUAAACAAAUGUAGUGAUGAAUUACCGCAUACACCUCCAUCAGAAUUGCAACAAGAAAUGUAUGCAUCGCUGCUAUCUCGAAUAAAAGAAGAACCUCUGAAAGUAACAAUAGGACCAGUUUAUGUUACUGGAUCUAAUCUUCCUAGUCACUCAGAUGUUCAUAUCUCUUGCUUGACAGGAUUAAGAAUACAGGGUCCAGUGUUUUUCCUUGAAGAUGGAAAGUCAGCAAUUUCACUCAAUGAUGCGUUGAUGUGGGCCAAAGUGAAUCCCUUCUCUCCACUGGGAACAGGAAUUCGGCUAAACCCAUUCUAA